CUUGUGUCAAAGCGCAACGACACGGUUCCUUUCAUCUGUGAGAAAGCCAGAUUUGGAGGGCGAGUCAUAUUUGAUGAAGAAAGCACUGAUGGAAAGGACUGUCGAGAGGGUACCUGCGGCAGAGUUGCAAGCAUAUUACAAGAGCCUGUUUUGGCCUUAUGGUAACACACCUUCGCGACAAGACCGAGACUCGUGUUAUUGCAGCAUGAUCGUGGCUCGAAUGCCUACGCCAAAGAGUGGGAGGCUUUAUGGCAACAGCAGCCCCCAGGUUCCGCACCAAGAAUGA